AUGUCGCAUGCAAUUACUUCUAUAUACGACGCCAAUGGUUCUCACAAAGAGAAGAACAAAGACAUGAUUGAUCUCGAGCAAUCCGAGGGCGAAGUUAUCGACCAAACAGACCGCAAACCUGAGCAUGCCCUGACCGUGGAAGGCAACGAACGCUUCCAUCGACUUGGUUGGAAACGCCUUACGAUCGUCCUGAUUGUUCAAUCUAUCGCCCUCGGCAGUUUGAGUCUUCCUUCAGCCUUCGCAACCCUGGGUAUGGUCGCUGGUAUAAUACUAUGCCUCGGAUUGGGCUGCAUCGCCAUUUACGGGAGUUACAUGAUUGGGUUGGCAAAGCUCAAAUAUCCGCAUGUUGCGCAUUAUGUCCAUUUUGGACGGCUUCUCUUUGGCGGCUUCGGUGAAACGCUCUUUUCUGUGGCCUUUAUCGCUUUGAUGAUAUUGACGGUUGGAUCACAUUGCCUGACGGGCAAACUUGCCCUGGCCACGAUCUCUGGUAGCAGUGCGUGUGCUCUAAUAUUCAGCGCCGUGUCUGCUGUGAUCUUGUUUGCAUUUGCGAUUCCGCCCUCAUUUGCUGAACUUUCAAUCCUUGGUUUUAUCGAUUUUGUUUCCAUUAUCAUGGCUAUCGGUGUCACCAUCAUCGCGACAGGCAUUCAAAGCAACUCGACCCUAUCAACCUGGUCUGCUUGGCCCAAGAAUGAUUUAAGUCUCAGCGAAGCCUUCGUUGCCAUCUCCAAUAUUGCCUUUGCUUACUCCUUUGCCGCUGCCCAGCCAUCUUUCAUGGACGAAAUGCACACUCCGACAGAUUUCACAAAGGCCAUUGGUACCUUGGGCGUUACCCAAAUGAGUAUCUACACUCUGACAGGGGCACUCAUUUACGCAGCCCUGCGGGAACUCUGUGAUAUUAUGAGCGAAAAGGGCGACAAAUUGCUGGAUGAUCAUUCUCAAUUGGCAGAGUUCUUGGCAUGCAGCUUCAUGUUGAUCAGCUUUGAGGUCUUCCGGGGUGCUGAGCAUGACUGGCUCCUACAUCUUGACGCCACUGCCUCCCUCAUGGGUCUUUUAUCACCGGAGGCUAUUUUCAACCCAGACUCUGUCAUCUGCGAUACUAGCUCGACUCCAUUUGCUGAGCAGUAUCGGUCUCCAAAGAGCGGAAUGGUUGAAGGUCUGCAAUUUCUCACAGUCGCCGUGAUUUGGUUCGAUAUCUUUGCUUGUGUUGCAACUGGCCGCGCGCCACGGCUUCCGUAUCAACAAUGGCUUCGAAUUCAAGGCCUCAAUACGGCAGAUCUCAUGGGCUGCGAGAAUUGGGUUAUGUUAACUAUAGGUGACCUCGCUCAUUUCAGCAUCUGGAAAGAGACACAGCAAGAGCAGGGCACAACCUGGUGCGGAAUCUUCUACAAAUUGGGUCUCACGCCUCUUUGCCUAUGCUGCCCUAGUUCUACUACACACUAUUGUAUCAGGGCCACUGCCGGCAUUACCAGAGAUACAAAGCGCCGUUUCCCGGGCAAUUAUCACUCUUCAGAAUAG